AUGCGCUCGUUCGCGCGCGCGAACACCAUCACCGCGCGCGCCGAGCGCUCGAUCCAUCGCUUCGUGGUCCCGCGCGCGCACAAACGACCGGAGAGCCCGCUCGUGCUGCCGAUACAGAGUCAUCUGAACGUCCAGGUCCCGGUCGACGGCUCCACGUUCGGUGCGUCUCGGUGCGAACCGGAUGGCGUGGACGAGACGUGCACGAUUACGCAGAGCGCGGAGGUGUACGACACGAUCUGUAAGAAGUGCCGAGGGAAUCGAUUGGUGUUGACGAGGACGCGACGGGGCGGAAAGUACGUCGAACGGGCGUGCGCGUGCAUGGCGUGCGCGGGUACGGGGGUGGUGCGGGUCGCGACGACGCGGUUUUCGGCGGAUUUCGCCGGGGAUGAUAGUGAGGCGGCGUAUUACCGGGCGAUGGAACGCGAAGCGGACGUGCCGGAGAAGCGGGAUCACUUUCGGUUGAGUCCGUUUAGCGCGUUCGAGAAGCAAUCAGCCGUCAAGAUGAAGAAGCGAGAGUCAACGCGCCAAGGGUCCAUCGAUGAGCGCGGGGAGUCCGUUCGCUGA